UGAUAAUGACAUUAUUAUCACACUGGUAUCCACUUGAUACUGCUACAUGAAUAUGCCAAUAUCAUUACACUGGUAUCCACUUGAUACUGAUACUAUAUAUGAAUAUGCCAAUAUCAUAACACUGGUAUCCACUUGAUACUGAUACUAUAUAUGAAUAUGACAAUAUCAUCACACCGGUAUCCACUUGAUACUGAUACUAUAUAUGAAAAUGACAUCAUCACACUGGUAUCCACUUGAUACUGAUACUAUAUAUGAAUAUGCCAAUAUCAUCACACUGCUAUCCACUUGAUAAUGAUACUAUAUAUAUAUAAAUAUGACAAUAUCAUCACACUGGUAUCCACUUGAUACUGAUACAUGAAUAUGACAAUAUCAUCACACUGGUAUCCACUUGAUACUGAUACUAUAUAUGAAUAUGACAAUAUCAUCACAGUGGUAUCCACUUGAUACUGAUACUAUAUAUGAAUAUGACAAUAUCAUCACAGUGGUAUCCACCUGAUACUGAUAUUAUAUAUAUAAAUAUGACAAUAUCAUCACACUGGUAUCCACUUGAUACUGAUACAUGAAUAUGAUAAUAUCAUCACACUGGUAUCCACUUGAUACUAUAUAUGAAUAUAACAAUAUCAUCACACUGGUAUCCACUUGAUACUGAUACAUGAAUAUGCCAAUAUCAUCACACUGGUAUCCACUUGAUACUGAUACCAUGGUGUCCACAUAAGUGGUAGUCGAGGAUGGUAAGGUAAAAGCAGACGUUGUCAGCAUGAAGUGAAACGAUACAGUAUUGUAAAAGUGAAACGAUACAGUAUAUCUGUCAAGUGUGACUCACUAAAACGUGUUUGUACCUGCAGGAGGUAUUUUCCUCAGGCGACUUCACAUUUGUUGUCUUUAUUACCACUUUUGUGGUCCGGGGGAUUUUAAAAAGCCGUCGUCGUCGUCGCUUCCCGACACGCGCCGGCCGCCCCUCCUUUUCCCCCCCUCGGACGACCUCAGCUGAGACCUGCACCAGUGGGCUCGGAGCCUCCCCCGGGAGAGGUCUGUGCAGGAACACCACACCCUGAGCCAGCCCGAGGAUCAUGGCAAGGUGCGGGAGGGUUUAGAGCGAGAAGAACCAUGAGGAGGUUCCUGCGAGGACCGAGGGAGGAGGACUGCAGUCAGAUCCACUAUCUGACCGCCAAGUGCUCCCGUCUGGCUCGGGACAAAGCCUUGUCUGAGCGAGAGGUUGCGGUGUGGCGGGAGAGGGAGAGGAAGCUGCAGAAAGACUUCCAGAAUGUAGCUGCUCAACUUGUCCACCAGGAGAAGACCAACAUGGAGCUGAAGAGGUCGCGGGACCACCUGCUGGGAAACAUCCGCCAGCAGCAGGAGGUGGUGGAGACGUUGCGGAGGCGUGUCUUCCUCCUGGUGGAGGAAAGCGAGCGUGAUGAGGAAGUGACACGUCAGGUGACCUCAGAGCUGCUCUGCCUCCAGAGCUCCGAGGUGCAGCUGCAGGGCCUGCUGGAGGAGCUGCACGCCGAGGCCCAGCACAGAGACACAGCGGAGGAGGGCCCCGCGGCGGAGCUGCACGGCGAGGCCCUCUGUGCAGACGCACGCACACAGAGUCUCCUGGCAGAGCUGCAAAGUAAGACUGCAGUGUUAGAAGAUGUCCAGCAGGCUAACAAGAUGCUGAUGCAACAACUGAAAGACGCUGGAGCUGCACAUGAACAGCAGGUGGCGGCCCUGCAGCGGCAGAACGAGGGCAGCGUGAAGAAGCUCCAGGACACCGUGGAGCAGUUUGAGUGGCUGUGUCAGCAACAACGAUACUGGGUGGACUACAUCAAGAGGUUCAAAGACUGCCUGGUGGAGGAGAGAGAAAGUCUUGUGCAUCGAGUGAACACUCUGGAGAGAGAAGCACAAACCUGGAAGAAGUCACGUCAUGGAAGUCUCCAGAAAGAUCCACGCUGCCCCCUGCAGGAUGCUCACUCUCAUAGAGCCCCCCGGUCCUCGUGGGACAGCAAUGAGGAGGCGGAGCUAGAGCAGCAGGUGAUGAGGUCAAAGGUCGUGUAUGAGACGCACCAGGUAGACUCACGGCCAGCAGGGGGCCGUGAGAAGUCCACCAUCUGCAUCUCUCCUGCUGCUCCCAGUAUCGCAGUCCAGCUGUCUGCCGGUGGGAGAGACGAUCCAGAAAUGAUCUGACAGAACGAUAACAACCUUGAAAAGACUUGAAGUACAGACUGGAUUUUAUUCUUUACUGUCGUCAAAAGAUCAUGUUUCCACUUCCUGCUUACUGCUGAAGCCGCAGUUAAAUGUCCCAAUACUUUUGUCCAGGGUCACUAACAGCCAGGUUAACAAGCACAGUAUUGAUUUUGGAUUUACCUUUCUCUUCUUUUUACACUUGUAGUGCCCAGAACAUUAAAAAAUGGCAAAAAGACUGAAAAAUGUUCACAGUCAACAGUUUUCAACAGUUUUUGACCUUCAAAACAUUCCUCUUAGUCGGGACAACAAAUGCUCCUAUUUUUUUCCCGUACAAAUUCCCAGUUUUCCCGAAAUUCCAGGAAUUCCGAAAUACCCAUUCUCAAUUCAAACUGUAACUACUCCAACAUUUUUCAACCCAAUCCAAAAAUCCCAACACCGACACAUUCCUAUCAUCCAGGACAACUGUGCUAGUAUCACUCAUUUCCUUUUUUCCCAAACAUUUCCAGGAAAUUCCCAUAAGGACGAACAGACAUAUUCAUAGAUCUACAAUGCCCAAUACGAUAUAUUCCAUAUAUCAAACGUAAAACAUGUUUUCCCAUACCCCAAAUUCCCGGAAUUUUCCGGAAUGUUCUCCCUAUUGACAAUGAAUGGGUAUUAUACAAUCUACUGCGUAUCGCACAAUUCUCAUCCGUUUUCAACUGUUCCAACACACUCCACUUACCCCGGUUUUGAAAACUCCCUGAUUACCCGGAAUUACCAGGAAUGUUUUUGCUGAUACUGGACCGAUAUCAUGACACUCCUGGUGGGCAAAAAGUGAACUUUCUAGAAAAAACGACAACAUGAACAUUAUCAAGCAAUAUAAA